AUGCGUAUUUCAGAAUGGACUCUUACAUCUUUGCGAGGGGUGUGGGACCAGUGCAACGUGGUGCAGGACUACCUGACGGUGUACGACGGCGGCGGCAAGGACUCUCCCGUGCUGGUGCGCAUGUGCGGCGGCGACGCGGUGCCCGAGAUCGUGAGCUCCGGGCCGCGCAUGCUGCUCGAGUUCCACACGUCGCCCUUCGACUCGCCCUUCCACCCAGCGCCGCUCUCCUACCUGCCGGGGUUCGAGCUGGAGGUCCAGGUGCUUCUGGUGGAGGCCCGCUCCGCCACGUACGUCAAGGACCCCCACCGCUGCGAGUUCCUCAUCACCUCGUUCGAGUCCACGUGGGGCAUGCUGGAGAACCCGCGCCACUCGCUGCCGCCCAACACCACCUGCCGCUACCACUUUCAGGGCAAGAAGCGUGAGACGGUGUGGCUGUCGUUCGUCAAGUACCACGCGGCCGCCACGGACCCCACGGCCUUCGACUCGGAGUGCAACGCGCGGAUGCGCGUCUGGGACGGCCGGCACGGCGUGGCCGGCGCCUCCACUACGCACAAGGGCAACUCGAGCCUGCUGGGGGAGUUCUGCCGCGACACGGUGCCGCGGCUGUGCGCGCACUCACUGCUGUCCAACACGACCCGCACCACGAGGCCCUGCUCGCCCGCCGAGAGCUACGUGUCCACCUCGCCAGAGCUCACGCUGGAGCAGUUCCUGCGCCAGGGCUCGGCGCUCUACCCGCUCAUCUUCGCCCUGCGCUACGAGUUCGUCGACACGGCGCUGGAGGGCGCGCGCGACAAGGCGUCCACCAACCCGUGCGACCGGGUCUUCAGGUCGUCGAGCACCUCGCCGUCGCAGGGCCACUUCCAGGCGCCGCGCUCCGUCUUCUUCUACGGGCGCGGCGGCGCGCAGAACCUGAGCUGCGUGUUCCGCUUCGAGGCGGGGCCGGGCGAGCGCGUCAAGCUGACGCUCACCAAGGGCCGCUUCGGCAACAGGCAGUGCAGCCAGCGGCAGGACGCGCGGACGGGCCGCUGGGAGUGCGAGACGCGCCCCGCCACCACCAAGGCCGUGGCCGCGGCCAGGGGCGGCGGCGGCCGCGCCGAGCCCCAGGCCGAGCUCUGGGUGUCCGAGUACCCCUGGCCGGGCGUGCCCGUCGCCAGGGACUGCUUCUGCUCCCGCCUGCAGGUGCCCGUCGUCAUCUCCACCCUCACGUCCCCCGUCGUCGAGGUCAACUUCACCGUGUCGCGCAUGAACAUCACGCAGGACUACAACGACUUCCACUUCGAGGGCGAGUUCGAGUUCAUCGGCCUGACGGAAAACUCGGUUGAGUCCGGCGGACCGCCGGGGUGCGCUGGCGCGCGCGCCUCGGACCGCCGGAUGACCAAGAACUCCGGGGAGGUGACACUGCGCCGCCCCGCCCCGCCGACGCCCCCCGGAGCCCCGGAGGGGGGGCUGGCCCCCGCCGUGAGCGCGGCUGCGGCCAGCAUGACGUCACCCGCGCCACCGCCACCGCCCAUGGACCCCGACGAGCUGACCUGCGUCAACCCGCCGUGGCUCAUCGAGCCCGAGGACCUGGGCCACUACAUCUACCUCAAGAUCCGCGGGAAGGAGAUGCCGCGCAUGUCGGCGGACUGCCGCACCAAGAACCGCGUGCUGGUGCGGCCGGGCCUGGACUCGCGCAAGGUGUGGGUGUUCUGCCCGGCCGAGCCCAACUCCAACGAGGUGUCGGAGCUCUUCUCGGAGGGCUGGGAGCCGCGCGCCAACUCGUCGCCCAUGUCGCUGCUGUCGCCGCUCGCGCGCGCCCUCAUCGUGGAGCUGGUGCAGCGCGAGGAGUCGACGCGCAGCCCGGGCCCCGCGCCGCACGUGUCCUGGGUGCAGGUCUCGCGCAGCAACCGGCCCUCCGCCGCCUCCUCCGCCGUGGCGGCCUCCCCGCAGGACUGCCCGUACAAGUGCCCCGAGCUCAACGCGUGCAUCCCGCCGUCGCUGUGGUGCGACGGGGUGCCGCACUGCCGCUCGGGCUACGACGAGGACGAGGCCAACUGCGCCUUCCAGCUGGGCGUGCCCAUGCUGUACAUGGUGACGGCCGCGGCGGCGCUGGCGGCGCUGCUGCUGCUGGUGGGGGUCACGGCGUGCGUGCGCGUGUGCCGCCACCGGCGGAAGGAGCGCCUGCAGAGCGCCAACAACAAGAUCUCCGGCAACGCCAUGGGCCCCGUGGGCCCCAUGGGGCACCCGCUGGGGCACCCGUACGGGCACGCGCCCAACGCCAACAACCACCACCACCUGCACGUCAACCACCUGCACAGCAACGGCGACAUCAAGACCGCCACGCUGACCAAGCGCUACGGCCACCACCACGGCGGCGUGCACGGCCACGGCCUCGGCCCCCAGGGCUACCCGGGGCCGCCCGGGCCGCCCGAGGACUUCUACUUCGACGGCAAGGACUCGCUGUGUUGACAGGACCCCCUGGCUAUUGAGACCACUGUGUGAAGGGCACCGGUGCCCCGCUGCCCUGCGCGAACCGCCGCGCCCCGCACCGCCAGCACUGUCUCCGCGGCGGCCAGGGCGCGGCACCCUGGACCAGGCUUGCAGUUUGGACAGCGCGUUUAGUUAUUGUUGAUGUUGUUCCCCGUUUUGUUUCCAUGUUAUCGAUUUGUUUCCUGUUUUCAUAACGUGUCACGAAAACGCAAGCUGUCCUCGGGGAAGUCGCAGGAGGGCAGCGCCUCAUAACGUGAGGAUGAUCCUCGUGUCAACAGAAGGCCUGUUUUGAAUGUGUUUGCGUGUGGUGGCGAUGCCGCGCCACAAAAAUUUAUUCCGUGUGUUUUGUGCUAACACGCGAGCUCUCCAGUCUCGUUUCUCGUUGUUUUUGAAAAGAAAACCCCGCUUGAGCCGCUGGUUUGCGGACAGUUUAGACAAUAUUCCCCUGCGUUGCGCUUCCCUGUUGGCACGAGUCCUGGGCGGAGGCUCAAGGUGACAAGACUGAAGCGAAAGUCGUCCACGGCCUAACAGACUCUUAAUGUGUCGUGGACGGCGGAGUGGUCUCAUAGUCAGGUAACCGGAGCAGUCCGCCGAAGUAGCGCGGUGCGAUGCAGAGCGAGCUCCCAGUGUGGGAGUCCCAGUAAUGCGCACCGCGACAGUGCCGCGGAGUGAGCGGCGACCGAAUCGUCUUGCCGUGACUGCAGGCGUCGGCGACGUGCGCGCGCGCCCCGUGCGUCCAUGAUACUGUGUGUAAAAAGAUGUGUGUGUGCGUGAGUGUGGUGGUUAUUGUGCGUGUGUGUGUGCAUGACACGAGUGUGUGAGUGAGUGCGUGUGUGAGUGAGUGCUUGUGCGAGUGAGUGACUGAGUAUGUGUCUCCCUAACAGGAGUAAAAAAUUUAAUGUACAAAGCGAAAAUGACUUU